AGCGAACGCCUCUGUAGCGUGCAUCGAGCCUACGCCUACGACGACGAUGGCGAUGCCGCUACCUUGGGCCAAUGGCCAUGACCAGCUCGUGCUAGGCCAACCUCGUCCAACACCAACCACCCCUCCCUCCCCGCCUCCUCGUCAUCCCUCCCACUCUUUCCCAAGCACCACGAGCGCAGCCUCGCCGCCCUCCGCGACCCCCGCUCCAGAGUACUACAUGGAUCUAAAGCGACGCAGCGCACCGCCGCCUCACCUCGAGCCAAGAUGGGACUCCUGCCACGCCCCUCCAUGCCCACCGCACACCGACGUAGUCUGGGUUGCCUCGACGAAGACGGUGAGCGAGCCCAAGCCUACGAGCACAAGCUGCUACACGACGACGAAGACGUCGACGUACUACCAGACGUGAGUGGCGAGACUACCGCAGGGAGAAGCAGCCGUGCCCUCCUGACAUGGACACGAAUUCCCCCCGCCUUGCGCACGCACGCUACGUCGGCACGCGCGCAGCGAGCUCCACCAAUGGCUCACAACAGUCUACCCCGUCACUUCGACCAAAUGGAUCCAGAAGCCCACGCCCGUAGUGAUGACCAGCAGCGUGACCAGCUACUACUCGACGGUCCUAGCUCCGACUCCCACACCUGCUCCAUCACCCUGCGAUGGGUGUCAGGCCUCUCCUUUCUCCCCUGGUUGGAGCGGCAACGACGGCGAGCAUCACGACGGUGGAUGGUGGGACUGGCACCUCCCACCACAUCCGCACCUCUCCGUCGUCCCACCCUUACACGGCCCGCAGAUAGCCACCUUGAUAGUCAUCCCACUCAUGCUCCUCUUUACCCUCUUCGUCUGGCCAGUACAUCGCCUCGCCCUCUUCCUCUUACUGCCCUUUCAGCUCUAUACGAAUUUGGUGCACGAGAUCUUCCACUUGGCAGCAGGGGUGCUUGGUGGAGCUACGGUUUGUAGUGUUACGAUUGAUCCGUGAGUGCACGAGAUGCGAGUGGGAGGAGCGGGCCCCCGGAGCUGGCUAACUGUCGAAAUCCCUCUCCUCUCGGCUCAUUCGCAGGGGAUGUGGACCCUUGAG